ACUGACAGGCAAUAUGUACAGUAAGAGAGAGAAGAACGAUUAAAUAGCCUACUUAAAAUAAUAUCCCGAGCAUACUGUAGAAAUGUUUUAUCCCGAGGUGAACAAAUUUCACGUCCUGUUUGGAAGUCGCACAUUGAUGACGCAGUGAUAUCAGUCAUGUUAGGCUAGCUGUUUUAGCACCGUAUAUAUUUUGACCACAGACUUCACAGCAUCAGAAAGGAGAUGUCAUCCUUCUGUGGCACCAGCAGCAGCUGCCAAGAUGCAGGUCAAGAGGCCACAGAGAAACAGGAGCAGGAGCAUCCUCGCGUGCUCAUCCCAGAGUUGUGCCGACUCUUCUACCAGCUGGGGUGGGUGACAGGGACGGGAGGAGGGGUCAGCCUGAGACGAGGAGAGCAGAUCUACAUCGCACCAUCAGGUGUCCAGAAAGAGAGAAUACAGCCUGAAGACAUGUUUGUGUGUGACCUGGAGGAGAGGGACAUCAGCUGUCCUCCUGCCUGGAAGAGGUUAAAGAAGAGUCAGUGUACACCACUUUUUAUGAACGCCUACACCAUGAGAGGGGCACAGGCAGUUAUACACACCCACUCCAAGGCUGCUGUCAUGGCAACACUGCUGUAUCCUGGCAAAGAGUUCAGGAUAACACACCAGGAGAUGAUCAAGGGGAUUCGUAAGGGCACCUCAGGCACCAACUAUCGGUAUGAUGACAGCCUGGUGGUGCCCAUUGUUGAAAAUACACCAGAGGAGAAGGACUUGAAGGACCGGAUGGCUCGCGCAAUGGAGGAAUACCCAGAUUCAUGUGCUGUGCUCGUCCGCAGGCACGGCGUCUACGUCUGGGGCGAGUCAUGGGAAAAAGCAAAGACUAUGUGCGAAUGCUACGACUAUCUGUUCGACGUGGCCGUCCAGAUGAAGCAGUGUGGACUGGACCCCGCAGCUCUCCCAGCAGAAGAAAAAGGAAUAGUUUGACAUUCACUGGUGCUUUUUUAAAGAGACAUUGUUGCAGAAAAGGUCGGCGGUGUUCAAUCAGCAGAGCAGAUUGUAAUCAUUUGCCUUUCAUGCUGGCCUGCUUCAAAUUUGAUGAAAUUUGAUGGUAAGGGCUGAUCCAGUUGAAGGAGAUUGAA